AUGGCCCCGAUGCGCAGCGAGCGCGGCGGGUCCCCCGCGAGGGCAGCACGGGCUUCCCUCCCCCUACCCAGGCGGUUGAUUCGACAGAUUGCAAGACACGUCGCCUCCAGCGGUCGCUCGCUUCGCAGACUAGAGGUCUCAGGCCGUGUCAUCGACAACUUCGAUGAUAUUGAAGACGGAUCCGACGAAUCUGACCUGGAAACGCCACAACCUGCAGUGGCGAUCGGGGGCAACGCGGGUAACCUACCACCGGCAGACCAUGAUGACGACCUCACCAGUCUGAGCUGGUUACAGGACAGAAAUCUACUUAGAGGUAUAAAUCUUUCAAAAGGGGAUAUGGAAGACUCAAGAUUAGUGGGAAGUCAAGUUAUAGUAAAGACAGAGACAUCAAAAACGCCACCACCAGUCGCUCGAGUUCCAUCCCCUCCCCGCACCCCGUGCAAAGCUCCUCCUUCCCCACCGGCUGUCGCCACACACACGAAGCCACCUUACUCCUUCUCCUGCCUGAUCUUCAUGGCCAUCGAAGCCGCGCCGGCGAGGGCGUUGCCUGUCAAAGAGAUAUACGCCUGGAUCGUCCGCCACUUCCCAUACUUCAAGCACGCGCCACAGGGCUGGAAGAACAGCGUUAGACAUAAUUUGUCAUUGAACAAGUGCUUUCAUAAGGUUGCUGCCGCUCCCGGCCUGGGCAAGGGUUCUCUAUGGACCGUGGAUCCUCAACAUCGGUCUACGUUAUUACAGGCGUUCGGGCGACAGCCGAUCCCACCGCUGCCUCCCGACACACCGCCACCGGCGAAGAACGCGCCGGACCCGUCUCUGUUCCCGUUCCUGGCGCGGCGCCUGGCCGGAUCGCCGCCCCCGGAACCCGGCGCCGACGAAUAUCUGGCCGCCGCCACUGUGCUCGCCAUGAAGUACGGCCCGGCAGUACUCGAUCAGCUGCCGCCGGCCGCGCACCUGGUGAUCUCCCGCUGCGCGCGCGACGAGCACUCGUACAGCGGCAGCGGCGAGGAGCGGCGCACGGCCGAGGCUCUGCUGAAGCUGGCCGGCGUGGGGCCGCGCGACGCGCGCGCCGAGCAGCCGGCGCCCAGCUAGCGCCGCGCGCGCCUGCGCGUCGCCGCCUUCGCGCGCCUGCGCUGAGGCCUCCGCGCCCGGCCGGGCCGCGACUACCUUACCGUCACACGUCUCUUCCGCGACCGCUCCAGUGGUCCGCUAUCUCUAAGGUUUCGUUUGCGACGACCGCGUCCGUACGAUUGUUCGAAACUUGCUGACCCGUUUAGUUUUAGUUUGAUGUCGAACUGCUUUCGUCAAAGAAAAACAUCAAUUUCUCGGGACAUGGUCCUAGAAAAGAGUUUUAAAAACUUAACAAUUAUUGUAUUUUAGUAACCGAUCCCCGGGGUGGUAUUGUCUAAAAAAUAUAAUAAUAUGUACCGCCAUCUCGCGGCGGCGGCCAUAUUGAAUUUAUAAUUAAUAUCGCACCAAGUGAUGUUACCCUGCAAUGCGUUCAGAACUUUAGCUUAAAAGCGUCGUAAAAAUCAGCAAUUAAGUUCUAAGAACAAAAAAUACUAAGUUUGUUAAAAUUUUCUAUUAUGUCUAAAGUCGCAACUACGAAUAGACAAAAAUGUUUACCAUACUCUAGUCCAAUAAAGACACCCGUAUUUCGUAUACAUACACGGUUAAAUACAUUAAACAAUAUAUCAUGCUAUGCUUAAGUAGAAUGCUCACUUACUAUAAUUAGAACUAUUCCCCUUUGGGUUCACUUACAAGAUGACAUCACAUUGCAAUAGCUUUGUUCUUUCCUGUAUACCUCUUUAUCGAAUAUACCGACCAAUAGGCAACACACAAAGUUAUGAAAACCUUCAUUUGUUUGGACGUUGGUGAUUGGUUCAAUUUUUUUUUUUCUUUCAAGGGAACUUGAUUGGGCCACUUGCAGACUUUGAACACCGUCUUGUUUAAAUAAGGAAACGUGAUUGGUCAAACGAACCUUGUACACGAUGUACGAUCGUGAUUGAUCCAUUGUACUAUACUAAAAGAAAUUUAAAAGAGCCUGAGAAAUUCAUAAGACCUAUACCUAUCAUUACCAAACGGGUCGAGUUCCUAAUAACUAGGCUUUAAAAUGGCAAACAAAUCAAAAUAUUUUUGUACACAUUUAAAAAUGAACUCUAUUGGACUGUAUAUUCGAAACCCUUUUCAAAACACCGUAGAAACUCAUAGUGAUAGAUGUGAUACUACAUAGUACGAAAUAUUAUUUUAAACAAUGGUAUAUAGUGUCCCUAAAUGCAUUUAGAUCCCAUGUUCGAAAAUAGUCAAUCAUUAUGAUAAGAAAAGAAAGUAAAUAAGAUAUUUAUAAUUUUAUUAUUAUAUAAAGAUGGCACCAUGUUUCAACGCCAUCAUUUUUUUUCCCGACAUAUAAAGUCAAAGGUUUUAUAAAUCCGGAACGUAGAAAUAGAACGCAUAUUUUAAGUACGGUUUGGCCCAUGAAUAAGUGAAAUAUUUCGGCUUUGAGAUCGAUUAAAUUACAAAGAUAUUCUGGAUCCAUAAAUUAAAGAUAUCUAUCUAUAAAUUUGCUCAUCUAAAAAUCGGUUAUUUAAUCAAACUUGUGUUUGUAGAGAUUGGCAAUAAAAUAUUUCUUGUUGUUACUUUCAAGUGUCGUCUCUCUCCUCAAGUAUCUGCUGCAUUUGCCAUUUUUGUCGAUAGACGUACGAUCAUACUCAGCAUUCAUUUUUUAUAUGUAAAUAUAACUCAUUACUAGAACGAACUUGACAUGAUAUACUUAAAAGUGUAUUUCCUAUAUGUUUAGUAUAAAACAUGGCGUCAUCGGUUAAGACUAGUCCUCAGUUUUACCUGUAAAAUAUGAUAUGUACUAGCAUUUCAUUUAUGAAACAAAAUGAGAAUCUAUUUUUUGCCCAACAUUGUUCCUAUUGUUAUUUUUUUAAUUUUUUCCGUUAAACGUUUAAAACCAUAGAGCCUUGGUAAUUUUUUUUUGCUACUUAGACGGACAUACACUAAGUAAAAUUCAAUCCAUUAUAUUUUAUAGACCUUAAGCCUCGUCUUCGGUGGAUCAUCAUAUCCGAUAUCAAUUCGGGGUAAUAAGGUUCAAUUCCGGGUAAAGUUCCAAGUUCUAUUUGACACUGAGUUCUAACAAUUUAACUGUUACAUCAAUGUUUAUAGUUUAAAAUUGGCCUAAAAUUGUCUUAUUGUAUCCGAUGACGUCAAGAUGUGAAAAUUUGCCGAUUUCUAGCUAUGACAGUCAGGAGAGAAACGGCAUGUAAGCAACAACGAAAACCCUGGGUCACUGUAAGAUUUAAGUUAUAAUUAUGUUAAGUACGUAUGUAUAUUAAUUUCGCUUUCUCUAUGGUUGUUAUGGUUUUAUUUUUAAUUUUAGCUGAAUUACUUUAAGUAUGCAACGGUUUUAUGAAAAGCUUUUCGAGGAUGAUUGUAUAUUACUUACAUUUUUUAGAUUAGUGGCAAAAUCAAUUGUGUCACUAACUUUGAAACAAAGGCUGUUCUUAAUUCACUCGAUAAAAAAAUUGCCCAGGCAAUUGUUUUGUGUGCUAUUUUCGUUAACGAUUGAAGGAAAAUUUAUCCACUUAAUGACGGCUUGCACACACGAACCACGGUCACGCAUAAUUAAAUGCAUCUCAUGUGUUGUGAUCUUUUUUGACGCCGGUCGCUAUACAGGAUGUGACACUAUUGAGUGUCCUUGGGGUUUUGACUCCCAGAUUGUGAAGGCUUGGAACACUUUCUGCUCGGAUCGAUCUCUGGAUUUUAAAAGUAACUCUUCACCCGGGUGUGUACUUUCAUUCCUCGGCAAGACUAGCAUGGUGUUUUUGACUAGGUAACCAUACAUUAUCGAUUUAUUAUUUUGGGGAAAUACUUUGAAUGACCUAUACCUAAUGUGUAGAAAAAUUUGGCUAUUGAUAAAAAAAAGCCACCCUGUAUAUGACUGGCCGAUAACAGACCAGACACUAUUGACCAGAUUUAUCUAUUAGAGAAAGUCUCGACCGGACAAUUGGGCUUUUCUUUUAACCGUGUGAUUAUUUCGUGCUAAGUUUUGAACUUGCUGUUGCCCUGAAAAAUGUUUAUAUACUAAACUGAACAAUAUAGAAUUUAACACAUGCAAUAUUUAUGUAUAUACGAUCUGAGAGGUAAAAUAAUAUAUAGAAUCCUAUAUAUAGGGCUAUUGUAUCUUAUUAAACUUAUUAUAUUGGAAAUUUCAAACGUGAUACAUAAGUGUAUGUAUAUUACAAUUAUGGAUAAGCGAGCCGUAUUUUGUGUUCAUAGAUGAUCUACUUCAUAAUCGCCUACAGCUUAAGAUGAAUGAAUUGUAUAUUUCUUACAUUUAAAAUUAAGAAUUUUAUCAUAAUGUGGCAGAAUGUGGAUUAAUUAUAGAAAAUAACACUACUAACAGUAUCAAAAUAAGGGGCACCACCCAUAAACCGCAUGGUACCAAGACACUUUCAGCACAUAUCACCGCGGUCAUGCAAAAAAUUGGCUAGGGGCGUUGUGCUAAAGUGUGCAUUGUUUUAGCACACCCAAUACCCGACACAUCGACACCAGAUUAUAUAUUUAUAACAACGAUUAUAUUUACGAGUUAAAUACCAGUACAAAAAAUCUCACAUUUAAAAGUCUGCCACGAAUAAGUUUAGCUAUUUAAGGCAUUCGCCUGCAUUUUAGUGAAAUUCUCUUAAUAAUUAAAUUAUAAAAAAAUAGUUAUAAUUUCUCCGUUAACUUCAAGUAGCUAUUCCCUGUAGACAUCUACAGGUUUUUUCAUGUAAAAAGCCACCAAAUAUACAAAAGUGUAAAGUCUAUUUUACUUCAUAAGAGCUUGAGAGGUAGCUUAGAUGAAAAUUAUAUUUACGUGUAGGUACUUAGUAUUGAAUUAUAUUUUAGUAAUUAAACAAUUGCCUAUGGCGUACAAUAAGGAAAAUCCUUGUUAAUUCUCCUAUACAUUGAUAAAAAUAAUGGCUAAGUUUCCUCUCUGCUCAACUUCUCAUCUGUGAUCUUGUAGCAAAUAAAUAAGCAAAUAAAGGUUAUCGCUUAUAUAUAUACACACAGCGUGCGAUCAGCACCGCCUCGCCAUUACACCACCAUACCGCUUUCACGAGAUAAUACGAAGCAAGAAAUAGGCAUGUGGUACUGAUAUAACGAAAUUGUAAGGGUGACAAUGCUGAUCGGGGGGUACCUGGUUAAUAAAUUAGUGAUAACUUGAAGCAAGGGAGCAGUGAUACGCUCACUAAGGCCUACCAAGUUAGAUAUUAGCUGUCGAAGUCGACUCUUACGCUAUACUAAUUUGUGCCUAGUGAAGAUAUUAACGGCAUCCACAGUUUUAUGACUUCGCUAUAUGUAACGUGACCAUUAUUUUCUUCAGUCAGAGCAGGAUGCCUGUGAUAUUAUUAUUGUUUUAAAAAUAAAACGCGUGUUCCGAAACUAAACUUCCGAAAUUUUUAAUGAAGAAUUAAAAAAAACUAAAACGAAAAACUUAUAUAGGCUGGCUUUAUAUAUUUUACGUUUUUGCGCCAUUUUUUUUUUUAAUUUAUUGUCACGUGUCCGUUUUGUGAAAGCGGGACAUUGUUAAGUAUUUUGAGGACAGCGGGAUAAGAAGCUUAAAAGCGGGAUGUAUGGUCACGUUACCUAUAUACCAAGUCAAUGGUCACCGGUUUUCUAUGAAGUGCCUACUUAGGUAUCGACAUUGCGUACGUUUCUAGUUUUUCUCUGAUAUAGAGGAUGACCAUACGUACACCGGGCGAAUUGAGAAAUGUACGCAACACUACACCAUAAGGGAAUCACCACACAUCGACACAAAAUCGGAUUAAGCCGCUCAGAUUUUUUUCAUGUCCAUGUGAUAAGAGCGAAAACUUGACGUUGUGCGUUUCGUGUCGGCGAUCCAAAUUCAAAUUCUUUAUUUGCCACGUCACCAGCUCGUAACAUUUAGCACGUCAAUAGUACAAAAUUUCUUAUCUUAUCAAAGUCAUUCACUACUAACUUUUAAUGUAUUACAUAACUGAAUUUAAUUAUUUGCGCGUCCACACACAAUUAAAAUAUUAAAUUAAUAAU